CAAACUGCAGCCCAUAUGUCACUCACAGCUGCUGGCACUGUUGCUCGCUCCGAUUCCAGCGAAUGGUUGCUGCCAGUCGUGGCAGCUGGGGGCGGCAAGUGCACUACGGUGACGAUGCUGCUCGCCCAGCGCAUUGCACGCAACGAUUGUUGGUCAGUCGACGACGAGCGCUUACACCAUUCGAACAAGAUGAACGUCUGGCAAACGUUGGAGUAUCUGUCCGGGCUAAGUCAGCGCAAGCGCUUCAACUACGAUGGCUUUGCGGACACACAGAAUCUCAUACGCACAUUGACUCCGUCCUGGCGACGCGACAGCUUCGCCGAAAAGGCCAAGGCGGAGGCGUUGGCCGGAGCAGCAGUUGUCGCUGCAGCUGCGGGUGACAAAUACGCCCACGAGCCUGCAGCAGCGAGUGUCGUCUUGGGCAAGAGCCUGGUUAGUGAACAUUCGAGUGAUAAUCUGACGCUGACGUUGCGUGGCGCUGCAGUUGCCGCUGCUGCUGUUCUGCCACGACGUAAGCGUCGCAGUCGUCGUAAGAAAUGCCAGACAAGAGUGCUCACGGCUGAGUACGCGCUCACAUCGGAGGAUCUGCAGGAUCUGGUCAAGUGCACUUUUAAUUUGCCACGAAUUAGCGCGCGCCUCGAGCGUCUCAUGGGCACCAAUGUGGUCAAGCUCACGGACCGCGCCUACAUGAAGGAGCUGCGCGAGCGCAUCGAUGAGGACUACCGGCGGAAACUCUUGGCGCGCAUCAAGGCGCGUGAGAUACGUGAAGUGGAGCGUGAGCGUUUGCUAAUUAUCGAAGGCAAAACGAAUAUUAUACCCGAAGAGCUGGCCGAUGAUCCCAUAUUCAUGGUUAACAAAGAUGCCAACAUUGAGAUACAAAAGGAACGCUCCAAGCUCAAAACUUCGCGUGAAAAGAAUGCCGAGCGUUUGAAGCUGCAGGGCGUCAAGUGGGAACGCGAGCGUUUGCAACAUGCCGCCAAGGAGGCAGAGCUGCUGGCAAAGAAGCACGAGCGUCAGCGCCAGCAGAAGCUGCUCGUCGAGCAGUACAGAAUGGAGGAUGCGGAGCGCGGCAUGGAUUUGUUACGCAUUGAUAACGAGGAGUGGCGCGAAUGCGAACAGAACCUAAAGGAGUUUUUGGAACAGGAGCGUGCCAAGAUGAAGGAACGCUCGUUGCGUGUGCCCAAGCCCUUCUCAUCGGAUCCACAGGACAUACUUAAUAUAGUGCGCGCCAGACAAAAGUUCCGCGAAACGGAGCUGCGCAUACGCAAUCAGCUGGACGAUAGCAAGAAGGAAGUGAAGACUACGACUGCGCCCACCGAGCUGGAUCUGUUUGAGUUUGACGACACUGGUGGCGACAUUGAUGCGCCACGCGAACGCUCCGCUAGCUUUGGCGAUUAUCCAGGCGCCAUACAGAUCAAGUACAUGGACGAUGCCUCUGAUGUGAGCGAAGAGUCUGUGAAAAGCGAGAGCUUGAUCAGUUUGAGUGUGGCCAAGCAGCAGUACGCCGAAGUGCUGCAGGAGGAGAUGGAUGAGGAGUUCAAUCGCGGACUGCUCAUAUCCAAGCAGCAAUACGAUCAACUGCGCUACGAGGAUGAGAAGAUUGUGGCGCUACGCAAUGCCAAGAACAUACUGGAGCUGUAUCAGCUGGCGGAGGAAAUCAUUACAGGCGGACCUGUCGAAGAGGAGGAGCACGGGGAAGAAGGAGACGAAGAAGCAGUACAGGAAAAAACUGAACCUCAUAGCUCCGAUGAUGAUGGUGGCGAAUAAUUUGUUUUUAGUUAUUUUAUUAAUUGCAAAAUUUAGCAAUUCACUGUUUUUUACGCUAAACAGUGUGACUAAGCUAGAGAAUUAGCAACUGUUUAGCGAAAUGACGUUUAAAAAUCAGUCAAUGAGCAAUAAACAAACAAAAAGUGUCA